CAGUCAGCUGAUGCUAACGCUAACCAGCCGGACGGAAGGUUGUUCUCCUGCGGCAGAGGCUGAGCUGACGGUCAGACAGGAUGCCUUUCUCCGAGCUAUAUUUUAACGUUGAUAACGGCUACCUGGAGGGGCUGGUCAGAGGAUUUAAAGCUGGAAUACUGUCCCAGGCGGAUUAUUUAAACCUCGUUCAGUGUGAGACCCUGGAAGACCUGAAGCUCCACCUGCAGAGCACAGACUAUGGCAGCUUUCUGGCAAAUGAGGCGUCUCCUCUCACCGUGUCCGUUAUCGACGACAAGCUGAAGGAGAAGAUGGUCGUGGAGUUUCGCCACAUGAGGAACCAGUCAUACGAGCCGCUGGCUAGCUUCAUGGACUUCAUCACGUACAGCUAUAUGAUUGAUAACGUCAUCCUGCUGAUCACGGGCACCCUCCACCAGCGGGCCAUCUCUGAGCUGGUGCCAAAGUGUCACCCGCUGGGCAGCUUCGAGCAGAUGGAGGCGGUCAACAUCGCCCAGACGCCCGCCGAGCUUUACAACGCCAUCCUGGUGGACACGCCCCUGGCUGCAUUCUUCCAGGACUGCAUAUCUGAACAGGACUUGGAUGAGAUGAACAUUGAAAUAAUUCGUAACACACUUUACAAGGCUUACCUGGAGGCUUUCUAUAAGUUCUGCUCCAACCUGGGAGGAACCACAGCUGACACCAUGUGUCCUAUUCUAGAGUUCGAGGCAGACAGGAGAGCCUUCAUCAUCACCAUCAACUCUUUCGGCACAGAGCUGUCCAAGGAGGACCGCGCCAAGCUCUUCCCCCACUGCGGCAAGCUUUACCCAGAAGGCCUCGCUCAGCUGGCCCGGGCAGAUGACUACGAGCAGGUCAAGGCCGUCGCUGAUUUCUAUCCUGAGUACAAGCUGCUGUUCGAGGGUGCCGGCAGCAACCCGGGCGACAAAACACUGGAGGACCGUUUCUUUGAGCAUGAGGUGAAGCUGAACAAGCUGGCCUUCCUCAACCAGUUCCACUUCAGUGUUUUCUACGCCUACGUCAAGCUGAAGGAGCAGGAGUGCAGGAACAUCGUCUGGAUCGCAGAGUGCAUCGCCCAGCGGCAUCGCGCCAAGAUUGACAACUACAUUCCUAUCUUUUAAGCCUCCUCUUCUUCCCUCCCACUCCCCCCUUUCUUCAUUUCAUUCAGUCUUAUGUCUUGAACAGUGUCUCCGGUCCCACCUCGGUGUUAAAGAUUCUGAUGGUUUGAUGCAACAUUUUCUCCAUUCUUCACUCGUACGUGUAAAAUUGGUUCCCGACACACAAGUUUCUUGUGGUAAUGUGAGUUCCAGCCAGAUUAUUGCUUAGAAAGUAAAACACAUAAUCGACUUAAAUACAGAGUUUUUUCCUGGAGAAGAAUCACAUGAGCCCUGUUCAACAGAGGUGGUUGGCGCUUGAUUUAUUCAGCUCACCAGGUAAAGGAGGCAACUCAUUUGACUUUCAAACAAUUACCUCUGAUUGUCUAAACUUUCUAACAUAUUGUUCUUUGCGGCACAACUUGUCCGCCUGACAUAUCGGCUGGUAAAAUACACCAGAAGAAUUUACUAAGUCCAGGAAUCAACCCGACAGCCACCAGGACAGAAAGCCCAGGAAGUGGGGAAGCUUGGUUUAUUUUACCGUGAACUCCCAGCAAACACCAACCAUCUUUUUGAGAUCAUGUUAAUCUCCAGGCACGUGAAACACAUUAGUGCGCAGUAUACUGUAUGUUUUGGGUUUAUCGCCAUACCAAAAGUUAAUGUCCCAAAUCUGACACUCACACAACCUCAGAACUUCAGCCAGUCCAGAAGAAAGUGGACAUGAAAACAUUUCUCUGCUCAGCGUCAGUCUCCACCAGGUUCUAUAUAACCUGUAUUUAUUUCUGUUUUAGUGCUAGGUUUUGUCAGCAUGUCUGGUCAUUACUGUAGUUUUCCCCAAAACUAAUGAGUGAAAUGUGUGAGCCCCACCUGAUCUGUUGUCAUAACUAGAUUGUUGUUAGAUAUUAAAUAUACAACGGCUGAACAGGAGCUUCCAGUCCUCACCGUCCCUGUUCCUGUGUGAACUCUUGAGUUUUUGUAAAUGAACGUACUGGAAUGAGGCAAAAUCUUGAGUAUAUGACAGACUUAAUGUUUAAAGUAUACAAAUAUAUAUAGAUAUUUAAAGAUGACUAUAUGAUUUUGUUUUUUCAUGCUGUAAAAAUUGAUUUAUUGCUGUUUUGAUCUGUUUCUUACUUGUGAAAUAUGUAUUGUAAAUGUGACAAAAAAAAUAAACAGACUAAACUGCACUAACGCAGGUCUAGAAAAAUUUAA